UAUUUAAGGUUCUGUGUUGGUUGAGACAGCCCUAAUCCCCAGCAGAAGAGGCUCCAAGAUAGUGAUUCUGGUGUUUAGUUUGAAAGGCUAAUAAAGAUGGCACAAGCUGGUCCUGAUUUGGUUAACAGAGAUCCAAAUGAGCUUAAUAAACAUAUACAGGUUCAAUUUGAUGAUAUAUUUGGAGAGCCUGAUGGAGCUCAUUCCAUCGACUGUAUCUGGAAAAACAGCUAUAGCUGUUUCGAAUGCGGCAAGAACCUAUGCUACAGAAUCAUGACAACUCUUUGCGGUCUUUGCAUUGCGUUGGCUUGGGGUUGCGAUUUUGCCGUAACGGCAUUUAAUCACGUGUGGUGUUACACUCCUUGCAUACGUGAUUUUACCGUCUGUGUCGGCUGCUUCCAGAGAGUGUUUGGCACCCUUAUUGGCUGUUGCUGCAACCCAAUCUGCGAGUCCUGUGGCCUGAUUUUCAGCAAAGUGAAAAUACAAAAAUGUUAGGGACUACAGAGUAUAGCAAGCUCACUUGCAGUAAGACACUGAGAAAGUAAAAAUCAUUUUACGAAUUUGAUUACAUUGCAAGUGCUCAAAUGUCUGUGUUUCUUUGACGUACAUAAACAUUCUUCUGUGAUCAUUGGAUGUUUAUUCAUCUUUUUGGAUAUACGGUAUUAUUUGAUAUAUGUGAACUGCAAGAGAAUAAUUUUCAAAGGUUUUAUGUCAAUUUAUGAGCAGUAAACAGUUGAAACUAUUGUUUUUUGGAAUAUUCUUGCACUGUUUUAAGUUUCCUGGAUAUUAUUUAAGACUUCAAGUCUGUGAUGAUUUAUUUUAUAUUUAAAUAUA